CUCUCCGUGCUCACUCUCACUUCUCUCCUCAGAAAUACUGUCCGUGGAUCACCUCUUCUGUUUCCGGCAGUGAACAAGGCACCAUGCCGGGACUAAGGGACCAGACGGCACUGUCAGUUCUCUGUCUGUCCCUGCUGGUUCACGUCUGGACCGUAAACGGACUGACAGAACUCGGCAACUCAGAGAUCAGCCACACUGCCCCAGAGCAACAUGUGGAGGACAGGAGGGCAACAACUGGAGCAGAUCUUCCACAAGUAAAGAUAAUCCCAUCCUAUGCAAGGAUUCAAGUUGGACAACGCAAACGAUUGAUGUGCAAAGUUGAUGGGGGUGCAGAGGGGAUUGAUUGGUUUUCUCCUAAUGGUGAGAAGAUUCUGACAAAACAUGACAAUCUCGAGGUGCGCAAUCAUAGCAAUUCCUUUUCGUCUCUCAUUGUUCUCAAUGCCAAUUUAAACAAUGCUGGGAUAUAUAAAUGCACGGCCAGAAAUGGAGGCACAGAAUCGCAAGCCACUGUCAAGCUGGACAUCCUUUCCAAGAGAAUGCGCCGAGAAACUGAGAGGGAGGGAAGGGGAAAACGACAGAAAGAGCCCAAGCCCACUAAGAAGCCCAAAGCUCCCAAGCCCACCAAGAAAUCCAAGGGCGAGAAGAAGAACAAAGGAGAGAAGGGUGGGAAGAAGAAAGGCAAGAAGAACAGGGAGGAGACCACCACGGUCACAACCACCACUGUGGCUACCACAACUCCUGCGGCUGCUGAGUAUGAUGAGGAGUUUUAUGACCCUGAACCUGACCAGUACUGGGAUGAAGAAUUUCCUGCCGAGACAACAGCAGCUGCAGCACCUACAGACCCUCCAACAGAGAAAACCACAGAGUUCCCAACAGACUUUCCUCCCGACACCGAUGAGUAUUCCCCACCUUAUCCUGACUCAUAUGAUGACUAUUGGAAGGUGGAUGAAACCACACCUACAACCUCUGUGAUCGCCGGCCGCCCACCUGAUGAGGAUGAUUACUGGGAUGCCAGAUAUGAGGUGGCAGAAAACAUGCCUUUCCCUGAUGGCAAAGAGAUUAGUUCUACUGACAGUGACUGGCAUUACACCACCACCGAAGAGCCCACCAUCCCUCCAUUUGAAAACAACUGGUAUGAAGAAUAUGAAUAUGGACAUGAAAGGAAACUAGAAGAGGAGAGGGAAAGAGAGAGAGAAAGAGCAAGAAAAGAGCAAGAGGAAAAAGAAAGAGAAGAGAGGAGGUAUGAGGAAGAGGAAGAGAGAAAAACCAGGAUUCACAAACCUCCUCCACGCGUUUACAGAGAGCCUAAGAUUUGUCCUCCUCUGGGUAUGGAGUCUCAUCGCAUAGAGAAUGACCAGCUGCUGACUUCAUCUGUUUAUCAACAUCGCUAUGGCACACACAGAGCUCGUCUCAAUAUUCAGGCGUCUGGUGAUGAAGAUGAUAUGAAUGGUGGGGCAUGGUGUGCUAACCCUGAAGAGAAGGUGCACUGGAUUGAAGUGGACGCUCGCACACUAACAGAGUUCACUGGAGUUAUCACUCAGGGUCGAGAUGACCCCUUAGAGAGCGACUAUGUGUCUUCUUACUAUGUGGCCUUCAGUAAUGACAGCAGAGAGUGGAGCGUCCUUGAUGAUGGAUAUGCUGAAUGGUUAUUCUUUGGUAACUCUGAUAAAAGCACCCCAGUGUUGUCUCAGUUUAUGGAGCCGAUAGUGGCACGUUAUAUCCGCAUUUUGCCACAGAGCUGGAACGGCACCAUGUGUAUGAGGAUGGAGGUUAUGGGCUGUCCAGUACCAGAUCCUCUCAGUCAGUACCAGAGUCAGAAUGAAGUAACACAUCGAGAUGAUUUGGACUAUACCCAUCACAACUACCUUGACAUGGAGAAGCUCAUGAAAUCCAUCUCUGAUGAGUGUCCCAACAUCACCAGAUUCUACAGUUUGGGCAAGAGCUUUAAAGGCCUAGACAUUUAUGCUAUGGAGAUUACUGAUAAUCCUGGCAUCCAUGAAACAGGAGAGCCAGAGUUCAGGUACACAGCAGGUUAUCAUGGUAAUGAGGCCUUGGGUCGAGAGAUUCUUCUGAUGCUUAUGCAGUACCUGUGUAGAGAGUACAAAGAUGGCAACCCUCGAGUGCGCCACCUUGUGGAUGAGACACGAAUUCAUCUGGUGCCAUCAGUCAAUCCUGAUGGCCAUAUGAAAGCUUUUGAAAAGGGCUCAGAGUUGGGCAGCUGGACAUUAGGGCACUGGACUGAAGAUGGCCAUGACAUCUUCCAGAACUUUCCAGACUUAAAUAACAUUCUUUGGGAUGCAGAGGAUAAGGGCAUGGUGCCCAAAUUGAUACCAAAUCACCAUGUGCCCAUCCCUGAGGGUAUUCUGUCAAACAAUGGCUCAGUUGCAGUGGAGACUCUUGCCCUUAUUUCAUGGAUGGAGAGCCAUCCAUUUGUGCUUGGUGCCAAUCUGCAGGGUGGCGAGAGACUGGUGACAUACCCCUUCGACAUGCGCCGCCUCACCAAGGAGUCUGAGGAGAUGGAAAAAAAACUUAAUUCUAGAGCACACCGAAAAAAGCGACAGUAUGAAGAGGAGGAAGAAGAACCCAACCCUUACCUUCACAUUGGAUACCAUCAUGAGAGCUACAGUGGCCCACAUGAAGAUGCAUAUCAUCAAGAGAACUAUGGGUACCAUCAAGAAAGUUAUGGGUAUCACCAUGAAAACCAAGGAUAUCACGAGGAGAGCCAAGGAUAUCACGAUGAGAACCAAGGCUACCAUGGGGAGAGCCAAAGGUACCAUCAUGAGGGUCACUCUGAAGGGUACCAUGAGGGCUAUCAAGAAGGGCACUCAGAGGGAUAUAGGGAGGGAUAUGGAGAGGGUGAACCAGAAGAGGAGAUCAGAGUGAUUGAGGACCAAUCUUUGUUCCGCUGGUUGGCCAUAUCUUAUGCCUCUACACACCGCACCAUGACUCAAACCUUUCAGGGAGGAUGUCAUGCUGAUGACCCAACAGGUGGGCUGGGAAUUGUCAACCGUGCCAAAUGGAAGCCCAUCCCAGGAAGUAUGAAUGACUUCAGUUACCUUCACACUAACUGUUUUGAGCUGUCUGUUUUCCUGGGCUGUGAUAAGUUCCCUCAUCAAAGUGAACUUUUAAGGGAGUGGGAGCAUAACAGAGAGGCCCUGCUGACCUUUAUGGCUCAGGUGCAUCGGGGCAUUAAGGGAGUUGUGAGGGACAAAGAGGGCAACCCUAUUUCCAAUGCCACUGUGUCUGUGGAGGGAGUCAACCAUGACGUUAGGACAGGUGAAUCUGGAGAUUACUGGCGACUUUUAAAUCCUGGCGAGUACCGUGUAACUGCCCGAGCAGAAGGCUACUCCCCCUUCACCCGUCUGUGUGUGGUAGGGUUCGACCCAGGUGCUACCUUGUGCAACUUUGACCUCAACAAAUCUAACUGGGACCGCAUUAAACAGAUCAUGGCUCUCCACGGCAAUAAGCCCAUCCGACUGCUAAGCAGUGGCAAUAGGGCUAGUGGACGGCACUAUACAUACAGCACUAACCAAAUCCCAAAUUCUAAAUUCGAUAACAAAUUUAACGGUAAUGGUAGAGGCAUGACUCGGCUUCGUCGAUCACGGCUAAUGAGACUCCGGCGCCUAAAGCAACAGAAGCUUAUGGCCAGCCAAACAACAAUGCUACCUACCACAACCAUGAUGACCACAACCACAGUACCACCUACCACAGAAGGAAAAAACCCCAGGAUUGACUCUAGGGUAGAGAACAAAAUCCCACCAGAAGUGUCGACAGAAGCACUGGAUUACAGCAACUACAAUUACACGACAGAUUAUUAUCAAUAGCAAACUACAGAACGAAGAUUUGCUACAGAGAUUGAUUGUUUUGGACAAGUAUUGGUCAUUAUUGCCAUGCUUUUGCCACUUUGUUUGAUUGGAUCCAGUGACUACGAAUAGAUAUGAGCAAAGAGGCGUCAUCUUGGACCAAAGAAUUCUGGCAACACUUUUAAAAAAAGCUUUGCAGUUUUUAAGUAAUUACACAACAUUUCUGUUCCAGAAUAUAAAUUAUCAAAAUGAUUAAUAACAUUCAAUUUUCUGGUUGGUUGGAGGCAGCAUUCAAUGGUUUGCAAAGACUAAUAGAAGUAAGAAUAAUGAUGCUGUGUAUUCAUGGCUAAACAUCUGUACUAUACUACCAAAACAUAACGUAUAAACUUCUCAUAUUACCAUCAUGCCCACUGAGGGGAAAUGAGAAUGUUUGAAAGCAUAAGACGUGGCUGUAUUACCACUUCUUUCUCUCACAUAAACUGUCAGUGUUUGUUGAAGAAAAGUGUACAGGGAAGAUUUUCCCUCAAAGUUCCCUGUUGUCUAAAAGAUGGUUUCUUUUCAGUAAAUAAAGUCUUUUCAUAUUCA